UGUGCGUAAUGUUCAAGUGGUUCGUUUGCACUGAGAAGACGAGAGAGCAAGAACAGACCACACUUUCGGAGACGCCUCCGGUAGGUCACGUUGUGUGGCCGUGUCUCGUGACGCUUCCCAGGGGCGGGUUAUCAACAACAGAGUCGGUCUGUGGAGCUAACGUUACCGAGGGACAGGGCUCGAGUGUUGUUUUGAAUUUGCUAGAAGACACCGACGGGAGGGGGGUAGGGUCUGUGGAUAAGAUGGCGGAUGUAGAGGGCGAUGAAACUCGGUUGGCUCUCCCUUCGGCAUCCCGUAACGGUCCGGUUGCCGGUUCGUCGGCGGGGACCGCGGGCCAGCACGCAGCUACAGUAGCGUCAGGUCCACGGGUGGUGAGGAUCGUCAAGUCGGAAUCCGGCUACGGGUUCAAUGUUCGCGGUCAAGUUAGUGAAGGAGGACAGCUUCGGAGUAUCAACGGGGAACUGUACGCUCCUCUUCAGCAUGUCAGCGCUGUUUUGCCCGGAGGCGCGGCGGACCGAGCAGGGAUAGCAAAGGGUGACCGGAUCCUUGAGGUUAAUGGGGUGAGUGUGGAAGGUGCCACCCAUAAGCAGGUAGUGGACCUGAUCCGUGCAGGGGAGAAGGAGCUGGUUCUGGCUGUGCUCUCUGUUCCACCUCAGGAGGCUGAUGGAUUAGAAGGAGGAGAGGAUGUCCAACCAAACUAUGACUAUAGUGACAAGCAGGCUGUGCCCAUUUCCAUUCCCACAUACAAACAUGUAGAGCAGCACUCCGAGAGGUUUGUGGUGUACAAUGUGUACAUGUCAGGUAGACAGCUGUGCUCAAAGCGCUACCGGGAGUUUGCCAUCCUCCAUCAGAACCUAAAGAGGGAGUAUUCCAACUUCAACUUCCCAAAGCUUCCUGGGAAAUGGCCCUUCUCCCUCUCUGAACAGCAGCUGGAUGCUCGCCGUAGAGGCCUGGAAGAAUAUCUUGAGCGAGUUUGCUCUGUGCGGGUGAUCGGGGAGAGUGACAUCAUGCAGGAGUUUCUCUCUGAAUCAGAUGAGAACUACAAUGGAGUGACAGACGUAGAGCUGCGGAUAGCCCUGCCAGACAAGACCACCAUCUCUGUCAGAGUCCGCAAGAACAGCACCACAGACCAGGUGUACCAGGCGUUAGUGCUGAAAGUUGGAAUGGACAGUAUUAUGGCAAGCUACUUUGCCCUUUUUGAAGUCAUCAACCACACUUUUGUACGGAAGCUGGCGCCUAAUGAGUUUCCCCACAAGCUUUAUGUGCAGAACUAUACAUCGGCAGUGCCGGGGACUUGCUUGGCGCUCCGCAAAUGGUUGUUCAGCUUCCAGGAGGAGGAGCUGCUCAGAGACAACCCGCUGGCGCUGCACUAUUGCUUUCACCAGGCACUGGAUGAUGUGAAGAAGGGAUUCAUAAAAACAGAGGACAAAUCCUACCAGCUGCAGAAACUGGCAGAGCAGCGCAAGAUGGCCACGUACCUGAGCCUGUUGCGGACAUGUGAGGGGUACAAUGAGGUGGUGUUCCCCCACUGCUCCUGCGACUCCAGGAGGAAGGGACACGUCAUCACAGCUAUCAGCAUCCAUCACUUCAAGCUGCACGCUUGCACUGAGGAUGGAACACUGGAGAACCAGGUGAUAGCUUUUGAGUGGGGGGAGAUGCAGCGCUGGGACACUGACGAGGAGGGGAUGGCUUUCUGCUUCGAGUACGCCAGAGGAGAGAAGAAACCUCGCUGGGUCAAAAUCUUCACUCCAUACUUUAACUACAUGCAUGAGUGCUUUGAGCGGAUCUUUUGUGAGCUGAAAUGGAGGAAACAGGUGGAGGAAGAGGCAUCUGACAAAGACAACAAAAACUGCAGUAACAAUGAGUUUCUCCCUCCUCUGGAGACACAGCAGAAGGGGUGGCGCCACCUAGGGGGGGAAAUUGCAACUACCUAAAACCAUUGGUCAUCACUUGAACUAGAACUGGUCCACCUGCAUCAUUACAGCCACCCCAGAGACCGCCCAUCAACAAACACAGAACUGAGUGACAGACUGAGGCGACCCAUGCCCCCCAAAAAAAAAAAAAAAAAGGAAAAAAAAACUGGAAGUGACCGAUUUUGGAAACUGGAUUAGUCACAACUUAACCAAACCCAGGGA